GUGUAAUCUAUACAAACACUAAUCAUCAUCAUCAUCAUCAUCAUCAGUGUUUGUGGAUGAUUGUCCUGCUGAUCGUGAAAUGAUGGGUGUGAAUCAAUCGUGCAGAUCGUCAGUGUUUGAUGAAGAUGAGGAGGUUUCCUUUGACCACUUUCAGAUUCUCAGGGCCAUUGGGAAGGGAAGCUUUGGAAAGGUGUGUAUCGUACAGAAGAAAGACUCGCAGCAGCUGUAUGCCAUGAAAUACAUGAACAAACAGACGUGCAUCGAAAGAAACGUAAUCACUAAUGUCCUGAGAGAACUACAGCUGAUGCAGCGACUCCAACAUCCAUUCCUCGUCAACCUCUGGUAUUCAUUUCAGGAUGUGGAGGAUAUGUUUAUGGUGGUGGAUUUGUUAUCAGGUGGUGAUUUGCGGUUUCAUUUACAACAGAAUGUUCGUUUUAAAGAGGAAAUGGUGAAACUGUACGUCUGUGAGCUAGCGUUAGCACUCUGUUACCUGCAGCGUUCGCACGUCAUUCAUCGUGAUAUAAAGCCAGACAACAUUCUCUUGGAUGAACAUGGUCAUGUGCACAUUACUGAUUUUAAUGUGGCUACAGUACUAAACGGUUCAGAGAAAGUCACAUCUAUGGCAGGAACUAAACCAUACAUCGCACCAGAAGUGUUCCAGUCGUGUGUUGAUGGUGUUUCUGGGUAUUCUUACGCUGUGGAUUGGUGGUCUCUCGGUGUCACAGCGUAUGAGCUUUUGCGAGGGGCUCGCCCGUAUGAGAUCCACUCCAGCACGACAGUAGGUGAUGUCAUCAAUAUAUUCCGUGGGCAGCGUGUGUGUUAUUCCUCUUACUGGUCAAAAGGAAUGACAGAUUUACUCCGCAAGCUCCUGAUGACAGAUCCUGUGAAUCGUUUGUCAUGUUGGUCUGAUAUUCAGAACUUUCCUUCUCUGUCUGAUGUGAACUGGGAUGCUGUAUUGGAGAAAUCAGUCUUACCUGGAUUCAUUCCCAAAAAAGGUCAUCUGAACUGUGACCCCAUGUUUGAGUUGGAGGAGAUGAUUCUGGAGUCGAAGCCUCUGCACAAGAAGAAGAAACGUCUGGAGAAGAACAGAAAUAAACACUCCAAUCCUCUGCCCGCACACAUACAGAUGAGUUUAGACACACUGAGAGACGAAUUCAUCAUCUUUAACAGAGAAAAGAUGAUGCAGCAGUGUUUACUUUCCCAGAGUCCAGCUGAUCAUGAACUGUAAAAAAACAACAACAAACAACAUCAACAAACACCUGCAGCUGUGAACUUCAAUCCUGUAUGAAAGAGGAUCCUUCACCUCAAAAACCACCAAACAUCCCGUGAGCUGCCGAUCGCUCUGAACACGUGUGUGUUUAAUCAUGUCUGACACCUUUGAGUUUCCGUUCUACUGUGCAGUAUUCCCAUUUAUUAAAUUCAAACUCUCAGAUGUACAUGUAGCGUUCACAAUGAUUAUGCACGAUUAUAUUUCUAUUUAAUAAUAAUAAUAAUAAUAAUAAUAAUAAUAAUAAUAAUAACACGUUUAUUUUAUAUAGCGCCUUUCUACAAACUCAAGGUUGCUUUACAAACAGCAAAAACAAAACAAACAACAACAAAAAAAAAACAGAAGAGCAGAUAAUUAAGAGUCAGAAUAACAAAAGAGAUAUGUUUUGAAAUCAUGUUUGGUGUUGAGGUCACAGAGGGAUUAUGGGAUAGUAUUCCAUAAUGUUGGAGCAGUAGUGCUAAAAGCCCUGCCACCCAGUGAUGUUAGCUUAUAACGUGGGAUGAGUAGUAAACCGGAGUCAGAGUGAGCGAGAUGGUGUGUAGGGAUGAAUAUUUAUUCAUAUGAAUCUAUUUACACCAUUUAAAUAAAGGAUAUCUUGUGCGUUUGAUCAAUAAUUGUUCUGUAGUUUCACUGUUCAUACAGACACACACUACGUCAAAGGAGAGUCAAAUGAAUGUCAGUUUGACAGAUAAUCACAAAUAAAAACUGAUCUGACAUCUGCUGGUGUUUAAAGGGAUUUAAAAUAUUUUUCUGUUCAAUAAAAUAAAAGGUCACGCAGGAAAAUGUUCUCACAAAGAAACACACAAACACACAUGGCCGGCGGGCAAAAAGCCUGUCUGGACACACACACAUUGAUGACAUCAUUUGACAGCUGAACUCCUGUUACUAUGGAAACAAUCAGCAAGUCAAGAGGCUUUAUUGUCUUUUCAACCAUUUACAGCAGGUACAGUACACAGUGAAACAAAACAACAUCCCUUCAGGUCCAUGGUGCUACAUAAAAACAACACAGACCUACAUGAGACUACAUAAAGUGACAAAACAGCACAAGACAGCACAAUAAUUACUAAAACAGGACAACAGUGACCCCUACACAAAUCGACCAGUAAAGAGCAGCAUAACGUUUAUUUACAGCUGAUGAAGAAAACAGGCCUCACAUGUACUGCAGUGAAAAUACGCACAAUCAUAAUUACAGAAUCUGUUACACGUUAUUGAGGCGUGAUGCUGUUCUUCUUGAAGUUCAGGAAGUUGCGUUUCUUUGUAUGUGUGUGUGAUGUUUGUGUGUGUUGACGUUCGGUGGAGGCGGGAACAUCCUCGUUUGGUUACGCCGCCUCCUCGUCACCGCUCAUCACUUCAGUCUCCUCCAGCGGCUGUGGGGUCAAAGGUCGAGUCUGAAGAAACUCUUGUUUGUGUCUCUGAUGAGUCUCAUGAGUGUCUCCAGCUGCAUUGAAAAGCUUGUGAAGAACCUGCUGAUGUCUCCUGAGGAACCUGAAGACACAAACAUCACCAGACUAAACAACAUCUUUAAACAUCCUGAAGAAAAUGGGAAACACAAUAACAGCUCAGUGUAACUGAAUGAGACUGACCUGUCUGUCUUUCUCUGUGUGUGUGGAGGAGAGUGAGACAGGUUUCUGUUCAGCACAUCAUGUUUCAGUCUGCCUCUAAGAAAGUGUUAUCCUGCUGUGGGUUCUAAUGCAUCUAUGACAGCAGUUCUCCUUCAGGUACUAUUGGUAGCAGGAGACGCAGGAGCUCAUGAAGAUCAGGAACAGUCAACAGAGCCUG